AAUUAUAGAAAUGGAGCCAGAUCACAAAGACAUCGACCCGUAUUCACAAUCUGUCAAAAAGACCUCAGUCAAUGACAGUGUCUUCAGUAUUUUUGAAAACAACCACAUUCACACAAAAGAUAGCGACCCAAUUAGCAUCAAUUCGAGUAAAAAGAAAAUACCCAAAGAAAGUGAAUUCAAUAUGAAGAACAACUGCGAUCUCUUAGACGAGUGUAUCACAGACCUUAAAACUCUGAUCACCAUCAAAUUCAAAAACAACAAGAUCUUCGAAGAGUAAGCCCCUUAUUAACACUCAUUCAGAAGAAUAAAGAAUGAAGAGACUAAAGAGGAGCCAAAGACCCAAAAGGUAUGCCAUAAAUAACCUUGUAGGAGGAUAUCGCUAAACUUCUAGAGGAGAUCAACUCUAAAUUACCUAGCCUAGAACAACUCCGAUGGAUAGUUAAGGAAAAAGAGGACCUCAAGAGUACUUAUUACUCUCUGUUCUCCCUAGUUAACUCUUUUGAGAGGUUAGCCAAAUUCUGCCGUUCCAAAAUUGAAGAGAUCAACGCUGCUGAAAGAGAAGAGGAAAUGGAAGACAGGAAAUAAACAACAAGCCGAGAAUGAGAGCGAACAACACAAACCCUCAUCUCAUAAUAUUGAAGAAAAUCUCUUAGGCGAUAUAGACGCGGAAGAACCCCAUAAAGAUCCCCCUCAGUUAGAAGUAUUUGAGGAUGAAAAGCAGAAUGAAGGAGAGGAUGAAGAUGAUGAGUCAAUGUCUCUGAAGGAUGUCAUAAUGACACUAAAUGAUUUUUACUCCUCCAAACUAGAGAACUUACAUACUCUUCUUACCAAUGAGUCACUUACAUCUGAAGAGACUGAAAAGAUCGAUCAAAUAGUGAAAGAUAAUGAAGUAAGAAUCCCAUAUGAUGAAGACAUCUUCGUGGGAAUAGACAAGAACUACAAGGUCCUCAAGAAGGUUCUGAACAUUGUCAAAGAAAAGAACACUCAGAUUAAAGAGAAGGAUGCUGAGAUCCUGAGGCUCAGGGAACAACUUGAAAAACUAAAAGGUAAAGGAGCACAUGACUCUUAAUAUGUAUUCAAUAUAUCUUAA